AUGUCGGUGCCUCUACCACCGCAAUGGGUCGUCGACCUGACCUCUCCUCCUACCGCCAAACCAAAGGCUUCGAGCAUUCCUGACCCGCCAGGCUACACUGCGCCGACUACCGUCUCGAACUCAAAGUCAAAGUCAUCCAAGACUGCAGUUGCCCAAGCUCCCGCCCGCAAGCCCCCAAAUGCUCAAGAGAUGGACACUUUGAAGCUCAAGAAGGCUUGGGAAAUGGCCAUUGCUCCGGCCAAGCAGCUGCCCAUGAACGCUUUCGGCAUGUACAUGUCAGGCAACAGUCUCCAGAUCUUCAGCAUCAUGAUGGUUUUCAUGCUGUUCAAGGGCCCCAUCCAAGCCCUCAUCAACAUCCAGAAUGUCUUUGCUCGCUUCGAGACUGAAGGCACCCGCGAUCGCCUGAUUCUGGUCAAGCUUGCCUAUGUCGCAUGCAACUUCCUGGCCCUGGCUUUGGGUAUCUGGAAGGUCAACGGCAUGGGUCUUUUGCCGACUACGCGAUCGGAUUGGCUCGCUUGGGAAACUGCUAGGGAGCCUCUCGCAAGAGUCUACCCCAGCUCAACCUUAUGA